UCAAACGUGUAGUGUCACUGUCGGAGAUCAACAUAGGGAUACAAACAAGGCUCCAGCUCCUGACAGCUUGGCUCUACCUCCGGAGAAAGGAGGUGAAACGACGCCGGUGCGUGCUGUUCGGUUCCCGCUAGCCUGCCCGCCUGCCCGGUGACAUGGACGUCCGACACGGGCUGCUGUAGACUACCGCUGCGGGACUGAAGAGGAUGGGCCCAGAGUCCUGGCGCCUGAGGAGAUGUCUUUGGGUCGGCUCCUGCGGCGCGCCUCCUCCAAGGCCUCCGACCUCCUGACCUUUAAUCCGGGGGCGGGGGGCACGUCGUUGCGUUCGGGCCUGGAUGGGGAGAUCAUCUUCUCCAAAAAUAAUGUUUGUGUACACCCUGCAGAACCCCUGCCCGGCCUGGCGGAGCACCACCCAGGCUACCUGUGUGUGCACACGGAGAAGGAUGAGAGCCUGGGCACCACUCUGAUCCUGACCUGGGUGCCAAACUCUCGCAUCCAGAGGCAGGAUGAGGAGGCGCUGCGCUACAUCACACCGGAGAGUUCCCCUGUACGGAGGAAUGCACGCCGCCGGGGAAGACGGCCUCACUCCCGUCCUCCAGCCGCCCAGGAGGAUGAUGAGGAUGAAGAAAGAAACAUAACCAUCAGCACGUCAGCAGAGGGCCACAGCCUGGUGGUGGAAGCAGGAGCGGACUCCUCCUCACACCAGCAGACACUGCCCUCUGCUGAGGAGGAGGGUGAAGAGGGAUCCUGCGAGCUGUCGGACGAAGUGAGCCGGGACAGCACCAUGGGUUCGGACUCUGACACUUUCUCCUCCCCGUUCUGCCUGUCCCCCGUCAGCGAGGCUCUCUGUGAAAGCAGCGGCUCAGUUUUCCUGGACAGCGAAAGCAGGGAGCUGUGCGACGACUCCAUGACCCACUCUGUAAGCUCUGCCUCCAGCCUGGACAGCCACGCCCCCUCAGAGUGCAGUGGCCAGAGCGUUCGGUGGGAGGAGCAGCAGAAGGUGCUGGCUCUGGAGCAGUUGUGCGGUGUUUUCCGGGUGGACCUGGGUCACAUGAGGUCGCUGAGACUCUUCUUCAGCGACGAGGCGUGCACCAGUGGCCAGCUGGUGAUAGCCAGCAGAGAGAGCCAGUAUAAGAUCCUCCACUUCCAUCAUGCCGGCCUGGACAAGCUGUCCGAGGUGUUUCAGCAGUGGAAGUGCUGCAGGGAAACUCAGCUCAAAGAUCAGGUGUCAGUGGAGAAGUCCUGCAUGCAGUUUUCCAUCCAGAGGCCCACCCUGCCGUCAGCUGAGACCCACCCAGAGGAGAAGCUCUAUCGGCGGCUAGAUGUCACGACCUGGCUGCGUCACCUCAACCAAAACGGGCAGGUGGAGGAGGAGUACAAGCUACGAAAGGCCAUCUUCUUCGGUGGUAUCGACCCGUCCAUCCGUGGCGAGGUGUGGCCUUUCCUGCUGCACUACUACAGCUACGACUCGUCGUCUCAGGAGAGGGAGGCCUGGAGACUGCAGAAGCGCACGCACUAUCACGAGAUCCAGCAGAGGAGAUUGUCCAUGAGCCCAGAGGAGCACAGCGAGUUCUGGAGAAAGGUCCAGUUCACAGUAGAUAAAGACGUUGUGAGAACGGACCGGAGCAACCACUUCUUCAGAGGAGAGAACAACCCCAACGUGGAGAUCAUGAGGAGGAUCCUGCUCAACUAUGCAGUGUUUAAUCCAGACAUGGGAUACUGCCAGGGCAUGUCUGACCUGGUGGCCCCCCUGCUCACUGAGAUCCAGGAUGAAAGCGACACCUUCUGGUGCUUUGUCGGCCUCAUGGAGAACACCAUCUUCAUCAGCUCGCCCAGAGAUGAAGACAUGGAGAGGCAGCUGAUGUACCUGCGGGAGCUGCUGCGUCUCAUGCUGCCCCGCUUCCACCAGCACCUGACCCGGCUGGGGGAGGAUGGCCUCCAGCUGCUCUUCUGCCACCGCUGGAUCCUGCUCUGCUUUAAGCGAGAGUUCCCUGACACCGAGGCUCUGCGCAUGUGGGAGGCCUGCUGGGCACACUACCAGACGGACUACUUCCACCUCUUCCUUUGUGUCGCCAUCAUCGUUCUGUACGGCGAGGAUGUGACAGAACAGCAGCUCGCCACUGACCAAAUGCUCCUCCACUUCAGCAACCUCUCCAUGCACAUGAAUGGAGAGCUGGUGCUACGAAAGGCUCGCAGCCUUCUCUACCAGUUCCGCCUCCUACCCAGAAUCCCGUGCAGCCUACAUGACCUUUGUAAACUGUGUGGCCCGGGGAUGUGGGACAGCCGCUACAUCCCCACUGUGGAGUGUUCCGGCGAACACCCGGAUUCACAGAGCUGCCCCUAUGGAGGCACCUCCACCCCACAACCCUCCUCACCUUCCCCGUCAUCCACGCCGUCGCCUUCACUAAACCCCACCCCCACGCCUCCACCAGAGGGCAAAAGAGGCUCCAAAACGCGGGACAUUUUUACCUUUCGGAAACAGUCCUGAGGCCAGGGCUGCAGGGAGCUUGGCUGGUCUUUGCUCAUGAUAAAUCAGCAUAGUUCUGGAUCCUUCUACUGGAUUCUUGAGCUGUCUGCUGCCCCUUCUCUUCACAGCCUCGGCUCCUUGUUUCACUGUCUUACAGAGGAUUUUUCACGUGGUGCAUCGUGGGACACUGCUUUACCAGAGCGUGUUUUGCAGCAUUCAGGGUCACGUGGAUCCGUGCGAGGACGGUUUGCUGCUGGCAGUGAAGAGGCUGGACAAUCAGCAGGCCUUGUGUUGGUCUGGAGCUCCUUCAGGUUCAAGUCUGCUGCUGGCUUGGCAUACUUCCAGGGGUCUUUGUGGGCUGUGGGUCACAUCAGGGUCUGAGGCAACCGGCCUGAAUCCGUGCAGACUCUGACUGAGGGUGAAAUGAAACUGGAGACUUUAGAAAUGUUCUCACAAUGGAAUAUCUGUGUGAAUAUCAGAUGACAUUUGUGCGUAUCUCAUGGCUGAAAAUGAAAUUCUAACCCUUUGUUUUAACAAGGAAGGGUUCACCUAUGAAUAGAAUUACAAGGAAUUAUCAGUACCUUUAUGUUUUCUUCAAAUUCAUUCCCAAACAAAUGAAUGUGUCCAUUUAUAGCAGCAAAUAUUUAGCAAUACUAUAUCCUUGCAUGAGCGGUUCUUGGUGUAUAAAGGGGCGCGAUGUGUUGUUGCAAAACACAAGAGCCCAAAACAGGUAAGAAUGUGUUUACAUGACAAGUGACUCACAUCAUGAUUCAGCUCUGCACAUUUCCUCAUCAGAUCAUGAAGGGGAACAUAAUUUUUCCUGUUUCCUUGACAGGGAGGAGGAAGCUAAGGGUAUGUUUCCUUCUGAUAAAGUCAGACGUUCUGCUACCUUGGGUUUAACAAGAGUGGUGUGCCAUGAAGCAAGUUCAACAUACCCAAGAUUUCUGAGAGUAAGCGGGCUUGACGACAAUUUAAGCUUCAUUUACAGACAGUGGGCUAUCAUGAAGCUGGUUAUAGACAUUCUCAGGCAGAAAAGGGGGCAUUUUCACCUAAUUUGACACUUUCUAUAAAGAAACUACCACCAGCUGUCUUAUUUCAGGAUAAAAAGUAAUACAGAUGAAUACAUAAACAUUAUUAUAGUAUUAAAAAAGAGAAGAUACUGCUGCAUUGAAGGACAGAGACACUGCAAACAUUUUUUUUAAACCAGAGCCCUGCCUCCUGCUUGCUCCUGAAGGAUUUCUGACCGAACAGAUGUGCCAAAUCCUGCUUGCAUCCUUCACGGAUUCUGAAAAUCCAUGUUGAAUAUUCAGAAUAACAGACAGUGUGUUUGAUAAAAGGCAAUAUCGAUAUGUUUACUUUAUCUCCACCCUGAUUAAUUUUCCUCUCAGAAUGAGGGAAACCCUUAGACAACAAUCACAUCCUCGUUAUGCAUAACUAGCCACACAUGGAUAAAAAAAGCAGCUUGGAGGCUCAGACUGAUUUAACUCCUGGUUAAGGCUUAGUUAUAGUAAUGCCAAAGGUUUUUUUUCAUUUUAAUCUUGUUUACAUAUGAUUUCUUUUAGGUCAUACGGAGGUCCUGAUCUCUGGAAAGUUUGUGUGUCAUAUAAAGUGCAGCGCACUUCCAUCAGCUCUUGCAGACAGUAGGCUAACCUUUACUCUGUUAACACCUUGAUAUUACCGUCCUCAUCAUUGCUUAAUGCAAUGAGGCCAGUUUACAUGGAAAGGGUUUUUCCCCAGAUAACAACAUAAUGGCCCAGCGUCUCUGCACACCGGUGUGUAUAUGCAGUGAUAGGCCAACAACACAAUAAAGGGAGUAUUAAAGCUGUGCCCUCUGGCUUAUUUACAAAGGUUUAGCGCGCACACCCUUUUUUGUGGAGCUUUAACAAAGCAUCACACAGCAGGUGGGCCAUGUGACUACAGAUGAAACAGCAAUUAAACUGUGAUUUCUCAUUCAGUGAUUCUAACACCAAAGUGUGAUACAUCUCCGGCGUUAUCUUGUUCAGUAUGAGCACAGAGAAGUGUUUUAAAGAGAGCUUUCUUAGAUCAGGGAUUGUGGAACAGGUGUAUCAUCCCAUUCAGAUAUGUUUCCUUGUGGUCGUGUUUCAACAAAGUCCAGUUGUUUUCCAGUGUUCUGAAUAUUUCUGCUACCGCAGUGCUAAUCAAUAGUCUAUCCCUGACCCUCCCCCUAACCAUUCACCCAAUCCACAUAGAGGCAAAGUAGCACAUCUCCAUGGGUACCAACAAAACCCCGGCUCUGUCACUAACUCAUACAAGCUCGUAGCAAAUGGAACCCAUUCAACUCAGGUGUGAAUGAUGACUCGGCACAACAUUUUAGGAUUAUUUAGAAAUCUGUACAUAUUUAGGAUUUUUUCAUGGCACCGGUUUCAAACCAGUAAACCCAAGAACUCUUCUGAGGGACAUCAAGAACAACUGGAGCAAUGGUGUGGCGUGCAAAUCGACACAGACGCACAGACAAGGCACUAAUUCUAGUAGUAAGAUAUCAAUUCAAUAGUUGGUAAUUCCAUUCAGCAAAUUGUUUGAACCUCUCUUUAAUUUGUAAAGUUUUUUUUUUUCUUUUGUCUUUUUUUAAACUCCAGUGACAUUGCUGCAGCUCACAUAUUCCUAAGACUCAGGUUGUCCUGGAAAAAAGGAUGUUUCAAGCUUGACAGUGACCACAGGGUUGAUGUUUUACAAGCUUUUCAAGACAAAAAGUCCAGGCGUGACAGAAUGGUAAAAAAAUAGCAUAGGGCUGAGAGGGUUAAUGUAAGCCAAAGUAGCUUGCUCAAGUUUGAGUACCAGUUUCCUUUCCUCCAUCCUUUGUUGUCAUUUAAUCCACAUUUAUAAAGCCAAAAUGGUACCAAAUGAAGAACAGCUUGGGAGCCAAACAACCAGCUCUAGUGAGCUGAGCCUAAUGAUGUGGAAAAGAGACUGAUUUCCCAUCGCAAUGAGUGACACUAGAGGUUGGUGAGGCAUACAUCAGCUGAGGAAACACGGGUUAGAUCAGAGUUUAAUGAGGUAAAUUAUCAUAAAACUGUACUGAGCCAAGCUGGAGCGCUUCUUGGCUGCUGUUUCUCUGAUUUUUUUUCUGCACUCUGAAUACUUGGCAUAGCUGUAAACAGCUCAAAACAUGGCCUUUUUGGUAGCGUUUCUCUAUGCAGAAAUCACAAAGGGAGUUCUACGCUGCUGCUUAACGUCAUCUGCAAAGAACCUAAAUCGAGACAGGUUCUUGGCAAAGAAAAACCCUGACUUCAAGUUGAACAGAGCAGGCUUAUCCUCUACCCUUGCUUCAUGGUACACCUCUAGUUUACCUGGCUUUGUUAGAUGAAAUUAAAGUCCCUUUGGUGUUUUAUCUGUAGAUUUAAAAAGCACUUUUUGACAUAAAAAGAUCAUGGAUACUAGAAACUGAUGAUGUAUUACUUAAUUUUUUAAUCAUCUGUGUUGGACCUGAUGUCAUUGUUUCUCCUUCUCUUCACUCUCACUUUACAAUGAAGCACUAUCAACACUUCAGAAUCAGUCCACAUGAAUGUAUUUGCUGUUUUUCUGCUUCUUCUCACACUAAAAUUUCUCUGGAUGUCUGCAUGACUGUGUGCAUAAACUUGAGUGACCUCUAAACAUCUGGUAAUGAGUUGGAGAGCAGCCAUAGAAGCCCCCCCCCCCCGACUGGUCUCUUUAAUUACAGAAGAGAUCAUGGGGAAAACCUGGGAGAGGGAAGAAGAAAGCAGGUCCAGCUGUUGGGAAUCUUCAGAGGAAAAAGAAGUGAGAGAUGUGGAGAGGAAGGGGACGAUUUAAGGCCUCGUACGGGGAUGUAUAGUGAUCUUAACUCUGUGAUUUGCAAGUCCCAGAUGUAAAGAUGGUCGCCGCUCUGAGGCUUUUUCCCUGAGAGCUUGUGAGUGACACUCCCGGGGGGCGGGGGGCAUCUUCAAAUUGCUCCUAAAAUGUAGCAUUAAGACCCUCAAUCAGACUUCCUCCCCCUCCUCUCCCUCUUCCUGCUUCUCUUGUGGUCUCUCUCACUCAGCGAGCAGUCUCUUCAAAUGACAUUCAUAACUGCUCCUUUUCCCUAUUAGUUAUCAUGUGCAGCUGCUCGCUCCAAAUGCCUGCAGAGUUUUGAAGAUUGGGAGGCAGCGUGGAAAUGAGCAAAGUCAGGGAUGCACGCUGGAGGAGUAAUGGAACUGUGUGUUUGCAUAAAGGAACUCAUGAAUUUUAUUAAAAUCCUCGUUGGAGUCACAUUCUCUGCACAGACACUGAAAGUCACGAGCCUAAUUAAUGACUUCUAUUUGAAGGGGUUUUUAUCAGAAUCACUGAAUGUACGAGCUCCAUCAGUUGUUGAUGUAUUACCGAGCAAAAACAGAGCCCAUUCUUAUUGCUGGUAUUAAUGAAACCAUCAUACUUUAAGGGAACAUCUCCAGAGAGGGUUUGCUGAACACCAAAAUGUACUAAGUAUGUCACUUUUAAUGCCUUUGUGACAAUAAAUGACAGGUGAUUGUGAUCUGAUACCAACUGAAAACACUGCUGGGAUUUACACUCCGAUACUUCUCAUUAUUAAGCACUGCUCAAGAAGUUACAUGUGGAAAGUAUCUGUGUGGGUUUUAUUCAGUAAAUACAAACAUAAGCACAGAAAGACACAUUCUUCUUUUAUUACUUAUAUAGUUGAAAAGAAAUUGUGUUUGGUAGAUUCUUUUUUGUUAUAACAAUGCAUCUUGGAAAUAAAUCUUA